ACUCGGUUUUUUUUUGUUGGUUGCAGCGAUGUCUGGACGUGGAAAAGGUGGUAAGGGCUUGGGGAAAGGAGGUGCCAAGAGGCACCGUAAAGUGCUCCGUGAUAACAUCCAGGGUAUCACCAAGCCUGCCAUUCGCCGCCUCGCUCGUCGUGGAGGAGUCAAGCGCAUUUCUGGGCUCAUCUAUGAAGAAACUCGCGGAGUCCUUAAAGUCUUUCUUGAGAACGUUAUUCGUGAUGCUGUAACGUACACUGAGCACGCGAAGAGGAAGACGGUGACUGCAAUGGACGUGGUGUACGCUUUGAAACGCCAGGGCCGUACUCUUUAUGGGUUCGGUGGCUAAGAAAUAAUCAGGCUAUAAUCUAUCAAACAAAAAAUCAAAAGGUCCUUUUAAGGGCCAC